AUUCCCGCCAUCAUUGACUGCUCGUGUUGCUCGAGCGCAGAUAACAUCAUACCCGGCGAAACUCACAAACUCUCACUGCGCUACAUUGAGAGGAUACAUCCAUUCUCCGGCGCUUGCUACUAGGACAUCACCCUCCUGCAGAUCACCUGGCCUCAUCUGUUCACCCUCAAUUGUGUCCGGAGACGGAGUUUUGAGUGCCUCAUUCACUAAUGGCCGUCGCAGUGCCCAAGCUGACCAGCGGUGGCACUGUCCGCAUUCGCAUCAGGUGUGGGGAGUUGGGGACCACCAAAUGGAAAGAGGGAAUCUUUGAAAUCCACGAGAGAGACAACAAAAUAAACCUGUUACUGAAGUUCAGCAGUGGUGGUGCUCCGAGAAGCUUUCAGCUGAAUCACAAUGUAAAGCAGGUUUCAUGGGCUCCAAUGCAUGGCCCGAACCGUGUGACUUUGACCCUGAAAGACACAAGUGUCGUCAUGAUGGACAAACUACCCAUGUUAGUUGCAAAGAAAAUGAGGGAAUAUCUUGAAGUGGUAAAGCAUGGGAAAACAGUUUUAAAGACAAACCAGGGAAGUGCCAGUUUUGGAUUAGUCCUUGGGAAUCGUACAUCACAGAAUGACUCUGGCCUCUCUCAAUCGGAAAAACAGACCACCCCAAGGCGUCCGAGUCUUGACAACAGAGAUGACUGCACACCCCGGAAGCCUCUCGGGAGUCCCAGUCGGGUAACUUCCACACCUGGCCGCAAUGGACUCUCAGAAAACAGGAGUGAGAAGAGGAAGAGGCUCAUGAACUCUGAUGGUGACAUGACUGAGGACUAUCCCAAAGAGAAUGACUCGUCUAGCAACAAUAAGGCCAUCACAGACACAUCUAGAAAGUUUCUGCUCAGCUGCAAACAGAAGCUCAAGCAGUCAGAGGAGAACAGAGCAUCAACUCCACUCGUUUCUGCCCCUCUCCAGCCAACAUCCUUUUAUGGGACCAGAACAGGAACUAAAGACUAUACCCAAACCCAUUCAUUUUUGGACAGACCCAGCAGUACAGGCCAGUCUCCCUCUGCUAAAAGAAGUCUGAUGUUACCCAAUCACUCAACUCCCUUUAAAAAGGUGCGUCCAACUUUGGACUACGGUGGUUGGAACAAACCAAGGCCGUCCUCAUUGGCUCAGCCACAACCUCCACUACAAGGAUUCUCCAACCUUGGGAACACAUGUUACAUGAACGCCAUCCUACAGUCACUUUUCAGCCUGCCUUCAUUUUCAAAUGACCUGUUGAAGCAAGGAGUCCCAUGGAGGAGGGUCCCAAUCAAUGCUCUUCUGAGGCGUUUUGCUCACCUGCUGGCUAAGAAAGACAUCUCCUCUCCAGAGGUGAAGAAAGAUCUUUUACGGCGAGUGAAGAAUGCCAUUUCAUCAACUGCUGAGCGUUUCUCUGGUUACAUGCAGAAUGAUGCCCAUGAGUUCCUGAGUCAGUGCUUGGACCAGCUGAAGGAGGAUGUGGAGAAGAUCAACAAAAGCUGGAAGAAUGAGCCCUCGGUCUGGGAGGAGCCUCAGAGGGCACGGUUAGCAGAGGAGGCAGAUACCUCACGAAUUUACACUUGCCCAGUAACGGUCAACAUGGAGUUUGAAGUUCAGCACACCAUAACGUGUAAAAGCUGUGGAGAGAUGGUGACAAAGCGAGAACAGUUCAAUGACCUGUCCAUCGACCUGCCACGCAGGAAGAAAACGCUCCCUCUGAGAUCCAUACAGGAUUCUCUAGAUCUCUUCUUCAGAAUAGAGGAGAUUGAGUAUUCCUGUGAAAAGUGCAGUGGAAAAACAGCGACUGUCUCUCACAAAUUCAGCCGACUUCCCAGAGUGCUGAUUCUUCAUCUCAAACGGUACAGCUACAACACCCAACUGUCUUUGAACAGCAAGCUGGGCCAGCAAGUGCUGAUCCCCAAAUAUCUCACGCUGCUCUCCCACUGCACAGACGCCACACGCCCUCCUCUCAGCCUUGGCUGGAGUGCUCAGACAGCCCUCUCCAGAACACUGAAGGUGUCACAGUCUGUCAACUCUUCAACGCUACGAAUAGGCUGUCAGAAGUCAGAGAGUUCAGUCAGUAUGUUGUGUGACUCUGAUAGUGAGGAGGAGCUCGUCAGAAAAGUUAGUCGCAAACAUCAACCAGAAGAUAAGAUGGAAGAGGUACAACACAGUGGGCAGGUAGUUCACUCAGAGUUUAAUGCCAUCAAUGAUGACGAGAUGCUGGCAGCUGUGCUGGAGAUGAGUCAUGACACCAGUCUGUCUGCAUGUCCUGAUGACGAGCCAACCAGCAGUCCUGACACAGGGUUUGGAGAUGCUGACGGCCAGGAUCUGACUCAUCAUUUGGAUCUGCUGGAUGGAGAUAAACAACAUGCUGAUGCUCUGGAGUCUCUGGAUCUGACUAUGGAUGAGAACAAGGAGAACCAGACCCCUGAUGGUGUGCAGGGAGAACUGGACUGGGUGAAGCAGUACAGCUUAGACCAGGAGCGAGAGGAACAGGAGCUGCAGCAGGCCCUCGCCCAGAGCCUGCAGGAACAUGAGGCGAGAGAGAUGAGAGAAGAGGAUGAUCUGAAGAGAGCCACUGAGCUCAGCCUGCAAGAGUUCAAUAACUCUUUGCCUGAGCUGCUGUGCUCUGAUGAUGACUCUGGGAAUGAGGAUGGUCUGGACAUGGAGUACAGUGAGGCUGAGGCUGAAGAACUCAAGAAGAAUGCCGAGACUGGAGACCUUCCUAACUCUUUCAGACUCAUCAGUGUGGUCAGUCACAUUGGUAGCAGUUCUUCGUCAGGCCAUUACAUAAGUGAUGUCUAUGACAUGAAGAAACAGUCCUGGCUCACGUACAAUGAUCUGGAUGUCUCCCGCACGCAAGAGUCCGCUGUCCAGAAAGAUCGAGACAGGAGUGGAUAUAUCUUCUUCUACAUGCACAAAGAUGUGUUCGAGGAGCUGUCUGAGCUGGAAAAGGCAGGAGGGAACGGUGACGCUGGCCGCACUGUGCUGCAGCCGUUAUGAGUCUCACCCACACCAACAUCCCAUUUAGGUGGAUCCUUCUACUGUUGAACAGCCAAACUGAGCCAAGGGUAAAAGCAGCACCCUUCAUCAGUACUACUGAAGACCGUCCACACAUAUAAAACACACCUACUUCUGGCUCUUUUUCUUUUAUAUUUCUCUAUUUUCACUUUUCCCAUUUCUCCCUGUGGAGUACUGUUGCUGUUUCAAAUGUAGACUACAGUUUAGAUGGGCAAAUGUAGUAGAAACCCAAGUGUUUAUGGGGAAAAGCAAAGAAAAAUAAAUAUAAAUUGAAAGCAUUUUGAGUUUCUCAAAAGGGUUUAACUUCAACCUCAAAAAUAUAUAUAUAUAUAUAUAUAUAUAUAUAUAUAUAUAUAUAUAUAUAUAUAUAUAUAUAUAUUUCUUUGUGUUUAAUAUAAAAAGUCUCUCUGGUGAACUUUUAUGCGAGAUAUAUGAAGUCAGAGAAAGCUUGUUCUCUAUAACUUUGUUUUAGAUUUUUUCUGUAUGAUCUAUUGCAUAUAAAAAAAUAUUCUUGUAUGUUUUGCCUAAGGGUGUAAUGGGGAAGAUGGGGUGUCUGUUUCUUGUUUGAUAUGCAGCUGAAAAUGUGGUGCAAUAUUUGCUUUUGCCAGAUGGCUUUUAAAUGACUGUCCUUUAGCGAUGAAGAGAGAUGGGGAAUAGUUCCGGUUUAUGUUCAAGGCUUUACUGAAGACUGUUGUUUUAUUUCAUAUUUUAUAAACAUGACUCGAGCUCAGUGGUACUGAUGUAGCUUGUCUUUUUUUAAAGAUCUCACUCCAAUAUUCUCCAAUAAGCCUCUCCAACACCAAAAGACCUAGUUAACUAUUUUCUUCCCCUUCUCUGUAGAGCUUUACAUUGUGAAGUUGCACAACCGUUGUGUACAUUGUCUUCAGAAAGAAGUCAAAUAAUUCUUACACCUUUACUGAAUAUAGAAAGUAUACCAAUGUGACUGCUUCAUAUGAAGUCAGCUUAUAUGAUUAUUUAUUUUAGGACCUUUUUUUAUAAUUUGUAAAUUGCUGUCUGAUUACAGUGUAUUGUCAUUCACAUUUUAACCUUUUUUAGUAACCAUUUCCUUAUUCAUGGUUUCUGUGCUGGUCAUCUGAGGUGGUUUAUGGAAGAGUGGAACUUGUCUGGAAAUUGUGUGUAUGGUGUUCUCUGAAACAGUGGUAUAAGCUCUAAAUAAUUGCUUAGUAUUCAGUAUUUGACUUCUUUAAACACAUUUUAAAAUAAAAUUUAUUUAGAAAAUAAA